UUUAAACAAGCAUUUCGCACUCGGCACUCGGGUCGAACAGCGCUAGCUAUGCCUAUUGGGUCGACCUGGCCUGGGUUGCGACUGCCGACUACUCCGGGGUAACAUGGGCACAAGCAGAGGAUGUGAUAGGAAAAGGUGGGCUGUGUGGGUAGGUGAGCAAAUAGUAAGCGUGCGCGUCGUGGGCGAAGUUUGUUUCAUACUCCCUUUUUCUUGUGUACUCUGCAUUUCCCGCUCUUGCCUUAUACCCACCUGUUGGCUACGACUGCCGAGUCAAUUCCUGUACCUGUACGCUCUUUCACACCUAAGACACACACACGCGACCUCCUUGCCGGAACCGAUAUCGCCUUCCAACAGAUUUCCGCAAAAUCAAACACCCCUCCGGACGAUUUGACGCUCUGUUAACUACUGACGGCAACCACACAACCAGAGCGCCAUCUUCUUAUCACGACAUCGAUACUGGAGCAGUGACACAGCCUCGCCAUGAGACUGUCGAUAUGUGCCGUCGUGGCGGCGUUGUUCGUAUCCACAUUGGCAGCACCAACAUCAAACCUCGACAGCUCAACGCACACAUCGCAAGAGUCAGAGAGCGAGAUUGUGAAGAGAGACGGGGAUGGCAAGUAUUUUCAUGAGCCCGGAGGCGAUAACACGCUCGGCCACUAUGAUAAGCGCUACUUCCACGGCGUGGUCUCUGAUGAAGAGCGAAGGGACACACAACAGCACAUGGUACGCGCAUACUUGGACUUCUUCCGUUCAAACGACCUCGACACUUGGAUCGCCCACGGAACCCUGCUAGGCUGGUGGUGGAACGGUCAGCGACUUCCAUGGGAUUUCGAUCUCGAUACCCAGGUUAGCGGCGCAACCCUUCGCCAUCUUGGCGAAGCCUACAACCAGACCAACUACUCGUACACGUCCGACAACGGGCAAGUGAAACGCAGCUUUCUCCUUGACGUCAACCCAUGGAUCUGGCAACGCGAACGCGGAAACGGCAUGAACAUCAUUGACGCGCGCUGGAUCGACCUCCGUAACGGGCUCUUCAUCGACAUUACCGGUCUUUCGGAAACACACCCAGACAGCCAACCGGGCAUCUGGAGCUGCAAGAACUACCACCGCUACCGCACCGACGAGAUAUAUCCCCUGCGCGAGACGAUGUUUGAGGGCGUCAUGGCGAAGGUGCCGUACAGCUACGACAAGAUCUUGACGGAUGAAUACAAGGAGACCGCGUUGGUGAACACUCUGUUUAAUGGACAUGAAUGGAACCCUAAUGCGAAGGUGUGGGAGAAGACUGAAGAGACAAUCAGGCAAGAAGAGGAAGAGAGGAAGAAGAAAGAAGAGGAAGAGAGGAAGAAGGAAGUUGAGCAGGCGCAGGUGGCGUAGUGGGCCAGCUGGCCGUGAACUAGUGUUGACAUGUUGGGAUCCAGGUUUAGCAUUGCAUUGUACGGAGUUUGGUAUAGCACUACUGGCGCAAGAUACCACAUCGUUUCGUUUGAGUCAAAUGCAGCAUAUGUCUUCUCUGCAAUCCUGAUAAUUGGCGCUACUGGGAAUGAGAUGAUUGUCAACAGGAU